UUGGAUGGAUAUUGAAAUAAUUUUAUAUCUGAAUGCACAUAAUUUCAAUCCGAGACUAUGAAUCCAGACUUCAUAAUAAUGUUCAGUGUUCACAUGAACGUGCUAGGCAUCAAAGAUCACCAAGCACUAACUUCAUAACAAGAGGCCGUCGCCCUUGCUCGCCGCGCCCCGACCGGCCCGCACUCACCAACGUUCCCUUGGCCUUCCCGCAGUCAUCCGAGGGCUCCGUGACGUGGCGCGCGUGAAGGCCCUCAGGUACCAGGUGCAGCUGCUCCUCGAGGACUACAUCAACGACCGCCAGUUCGAGUCCCGCGGGCGAUUCGGCGAGAUGUUGCUCACCUUGCCCGCUCUCCAGUCCAUCACCUGGCAGAUGAUUGAGCAGAUCCAGUUCGCCAAGCUCUUCGGCGUCGCCAGGAUCGAUAAUCUGCUUCAGGAGAUGUUGCUUGGAGCAGGAGCAGGAAGCGACGGAACGAACGGGCUGACGGGCGGCUCGGGCGGCGGCUACGGCGGCGGCGACGGGGGAAUCGGCGUGGGCAUCCCGGCCCCUCCCCCGGGCGGCGUCGGCCUCCCGAUCCCCCUGGGCGCAGCCACGGCGGCCGGAGGGAGUGUCCCUGUGGGCAUGAACAACAACAACGACAUCCCUGUGUCGGCGGCGGCACUGGAGGCAGCCGGGCUUUCGGCCUUCGGCAGCAGCGGAGCCACGAACGGCCACCUCGAAGGGGGCUCGAGGGCCACGUCCAAGGAGGAUGAGCGACCUCGCCUCGACAGAACCUUCAAGCAGGAGGAUACGGACACGAACUUCGACAUAUGACUAAACAUGUGCGAGCAACAUAUGCAUUAAAUGCCUACAGUAAAAACCUACUGCUUAAUGUUCUGUGCAUCACAAGCUUUUCAGGCAGCUGGUAUGCAUUGCCUCUCCUGCUCACUCGCGCGCACAUCAGUCCGGUGUUCUUGUUGGUACGCCCACUGCCUCAUCUUCUAAGUCAUAUUAUGUUUCGAAAUUAAGAACAAAGUGUAUGUAUACAAAAAUGAAGUCGGUAACAGACAGACAUUUUUCAAGAUGUAUGGGGAAUAAAAAAAAAUUGUUUAGACACCUCUAAAGCAUACAUAACAUACAGCUCACAGUUGGUAAUAUAUAUAUAUAUAUAUAUAUAUAUAUAUAUAUAUAUAUAUAUAUAUAUAUAUAUAUAUAUAUGUAUAUAUAUAU